CUUUUUAAAAAUUUAAAAUUUGCCGCCGGUUCCGGCGCCCGUACGUCCCGAAGUCACAGGGACCGGAACACGGAAGCCGGAUGCCGGCAUCGGCCUGAGGAGAUGGCCGGGGACGCUGCAGGGGACAGAUCGCGGGAGCGAAGGACAAGGUAAGUGAAGAACACAUGCCGGAGCAGCGCCGCAUGGUAUUCCCGAGUGUAGCUCGGGGUUACCGCUUUUGGUACUGAAAUGUUACCCCGAGCUACACUCGGGAAUACCGCCAAGGAGGUUAA